AUGACAUUUUUGCCCCUCUCCGCCGCGUGGAUCCGCCGCCUGCUAGAGGCCUUCGUGCUGUGCCAGGAGGAGUUCCGUGUCGUGGUGGCCCAGGCGCGGCGCCACGCCGGGGCGCAGCUGCCUGCGGCUGCCGAGAGGAUGGUGGCCGAGUUCCACGAGCGCGCUGUCAAGGCGCUCGACGUCUGCAACGCGGUGCGGGACGGCGUGGACCAGGUGCGCCGCUGGGAGCGCCUCGCCAACAUCGCGGCCUCCGCGCUGCCCCCCUCCCCCCCCGGGGAGGUCCGCGAGGGCCAGCUCCGCCGCGCGCGCAAGGCGCUCACAGACCUCUCCGCGCUCCUCGUCGAUGCCGCCGCCACGGCGUCGGGGCCCGGCGGCGUCGCCUCCUUCCUCUCCUCCCACUGCAACCGCUCCUUUGGCCGCGCACGGGCCUCCCCGUCGCGCACCGCGGGCUCCCUGCAGGCCAUCGGGGCCGCGCUCGCCGCGCCGCGCGCGCACGGGGCGAGCCUCGCCGCCCCCGUCUACUCCAUGGGCUGCGUGCUCCACCUCACCGCCUGGGCGCUCGUCGCCGCCGUCCUGUGCCCAGACCGCGGCAACGCGCUGCAGGCCCACCACCUGCCGGCCGCGCCGCCGCGCGCCGCGUUCCCUUGGGCACCGCCUCUCCUCGCCCAGCAGGAACGCCUCGUCGAGGAAGGCAAGCGCAAGGACAGGCGCCAUUCCUGCGGCCUGCUCAAGGAAAUCCAUUCGCUCGAGAAGUCCACGCAGAAGCUCGCCGAGGCAAUCGACGCGGCCCCAACCCCGCUCUUCGGCGACAGGGAGAACGACGUGCGAGAGGCUGUCGCGGAGCUCGCCGCCGUGUGUGAAGCCAUGAGGGACGGCCUGGAGGCGCCGGCGUCGGGUGCGGCCGUGGACUUGCAGGCCGUGGCCCCCGCUGCCUCGCCCCCAACUUCCCCUAUGUCCUGUUAG